ACAUUCAAGAAAUCACACACCCAAAUCCCAAAAUCAUUUCUUUUUCAGUCCCGAAUCAUCUUUCUCCGAUUCCAAUCACUGCUUGAUUCCCAUUUGAUUGUUUGCAGAGACAAAGAGAUGUUUCUUGAAGCAAUUUCUGCCGUUUCUCUGCCUUCUGCUGCUGCUAGUCUCGGACCCUUGUCGAAUGCGACUCCGAAUUUGCGUUUCCGAGGAGGCUUGGUUUUUGCGAAGAAGAGUGAAAAUGGGUUCGUGGCGAGCGCGUCUUCGAACGACGCGGUGAGUAUGCCGCUGGCUGGGGUGGUGUUUCAUCCAUUCGAGGAGGUCAAGAAAGAGGAGCUUGCUGUUCCUAUUGCUCCAGAUCUUUCCGUUGCCAGACAGAAAUUUUCUCAAGAGUGUGAAUCUGCCAUUAAUGAGCAGAUCAAUGUUGAGUACUGUGUUUCCUACGUUUACCACGCCCUGUAUGCUUACUUCGACAGAGAUAAUGUCGCGCUAAGGGGCCUUGCUAAAUUUUUCAAGGAGGCGAGCAUAGAAGAGAGAGAACAUGCUGAAAAGCUAAUGGAAUAUCAGAAUAAACGAGGAGGGAGAGUGAAGCUGCUCUCCUUACAGAUGCCGCCUACAGAGUUUGAUCAUGUUGAGAAGGGCGAUGCACUACAUGCCAUGGAACUAGCGUUGUCGUUGGAGAAAUUAACCAAUGAGAAGCUUUUGAAACUUCACAGUGUUGCUGAUGCCAACAAUGAUCCCCAGCUAGCAGAUUUUGUUGAGAGUGAAUUCUUGGGAGAGCAGGUUGAGGCCAUCAAGAUGAUCUCAGAAUACAUCUCACAGCUGAGGAGGGUUGGAAAGGGACACGGAGUAUGGCACUUCGAUCAGAUGCUCCUUCAAGGAGAAGGCGCGGUGUGAGAGUCAGGUGCCGUUUCGUGCUAGAUUAGGCUGUAAGGGAAUGUCAUUUUAGUAUAAGAUUAGAAUGGGGGUAUAUGGUUGAUUACCUUAUUUGCUUGAGCAUGGAGCUCUAUUGUAAGAGUAUAUCAAGAAGCAACAGCAGUUGGAGGUUGUGCUAUGUUUAGUUUUCAAUAAGAUUUUGUGUGGAAGAUUCUUCAAUCUUCACAUCUUUUGCAUACUCA